GUGCGUUGUUUUCAGUGUUUUAAAAAGUAAUGGAAGAGAGGAAGGCGCUUCGUACGCCUAAGUGUGCGCGGUGUCGGAAUCAUGGGGUGAUCUCGUGCUUGAAGGGGCACAAGCGGCUGUGUCGGUGGAGGGACUGCCGCUGUCCAGGGUGUCUGCUCGUGCUGGAGCGGCAGCGCGUCAUGGCCGCGCAAGUGGCACUGCGACGGCAGCAAGGCGCAGGCGGGCCGUCGCCGCGCGGCGAGGCAGCAGCGCUUGCCGCUCGGAAGCGCGCCUACCGCGCGCGCCUCCGCUGCGUGCAGCUCUCGCGCGUCACCGUUCCUCAAUACGGCGGUCAGUAUUACCUACCUAACCUCUUCUUGGACGCGGCAUGGAGCGAGCGCGUCCGCCGCCGGCGCGCCUUCGCCGACGCGGCGCUGGACGCACCCACACCCGCGCCCGGCCCCGCGCCCUCUGCGCUCUGGUGCCGCCACCUGCUGGCCGCGCUGUUAAACUACGCACAUGUUCCGCCUCCACCACCCAGGCCUAAGAUUUCUUUCUCUAUUGAGUCUAUCAUUGGCGUGCAGUAG